AAGCGGAACGGGAAAUGUUGGUCUUCUCGCAAUUUGCAUGAUCCAAACAUGCCGUAGGAUUACCCCUUGCAUCCUUUCGCCGGGGUCGGUGUCCUUUCCCGUUUCUCGUCUCUAUAUGUCCCUCGAACACCUCUCUCCUUUCAACACUUCUUCAGUUCUUACGACAGAGGGAAAAAAAAAACCCAAAGCAAUUCAUUUUUACUCUCUCCCCAGAUAUCAAAUCGAUAAUCCAUGGGACACGGAGGCGACAAAAGUCGACCUAGCAAGAAGCAUAAAUCCUCCUCCGCCAAGGAGGACCGUAGGGCAACCGUGGUUGAUGACGAAGACGCUUAUUACGCCGAGGAAUUAGACGACGAUUAUCGCGGUGAAGGAAAGAAGAGAGACUUUAGCAAGCUAGAACUUAAACCAGAUCAUGCUAAUAGGCCGUUAUGGGCUUGCGCUGAUGGCCGGAUUUUCCUCGAAACCUUCUCCCCUCUCUACAAGCAAGCUUACGAUUUCCUUAUUGCUAUCGCCGAGCCUGUUUGCAGGCCAGAGAACAUGCACGAAUACAACCUGACUCCUCACUCGUUAUACGCGGCGGUGUCUGUUGGUCUGGAAACCGAAACCAUUAUAGCUGUCUUGAAUAAGUUAUCGAAGACCAAGCUCCCCAAAGAGAUGAUUGACUUCAUUCAUGCUUCAACUGCCAAUUAUGGCAAAGUGAAGCUUGUACUUAAGAAGAAUCGGUACUUUGUCGAAUCCCCGUUUCCAGAGGUAUUGAAGAAGUUGCUUAAGGAUGGCAUUAUCGCUGCCGCAAGAAUUAUUUCCGAGGGGGUGCAUGGAAGUGAUGGAUUUGCAAUUGGCAAAUCACUGGGUGAGUUAGAAAAUGGGCACAGCGAGUUGCUUAAUGAAGCGGAAUUGGCAGCGGCAGCUGAAGAAAAAGAAACUCAUUCCUUUGAAGUUGACCCUGCUCAGGUUGAAAAUGUAAAGCAACGUUGUCUUCCAAAUGCUUUAAACUAUCCCAUGCUGGAGGAGUAUGACUUCAGAAAUGAUACUGUCAAUCCUGACCUUGACAUGGAAUUGAAGCCUCAAGCACAACCUCGGCCUUAUCAGGAAAAGAGUCUUAGCAAGAUGUUUGGAAACGGUAGAGCAAGAUCUGGCAUUAUUGUAUUACCCUGCGGUGCUGGGAAGUCUCUAGUUGGUGUCUCUGCAGCCAGCCGGAUAAAGAAGAGCUGCCUUUGUUUAGCGACAAAUGCUGUUUCUGUGGAUCAAUGGGCAUUUCAGUUUAAGUUGUGGUCAACGAUACGGGAUGAGCAGAUAUGCCGGUUCACUUCUGAUAACAAAGAAAUAUUCCGUGGUAAUUCAGGGGUGGUGGUAACUACAUAUAACAUGGUUGCUUUCGGUGGCAAACGGUCUGAAGAAUCUGAAAAAAUUAUAGAAGAAAUAAGAAAUAGAGAAUGGGGAUUGCUUCUCAUGGAUGAGGUGCACGUGGUUCCUGCUCACAUGUUUAGAAAGGUUAUCAGCAUCACCAAAUCCCACUGCAAACUUGGGCUUACUGCCACACUUGUGAGAGAGGAUGAGAGGAUCACAGAUUUGAACUUCCUUAUUGGUCCCAAAUUGUAUGAAGCAAAUUGGUUGGAUUUGGUUAAAGGAGGAUUUAUUGCAAAUGUACAGUGUGCUGAAGUUUGGUGUCCGAUGACAAAGGAAUUUUUUGCUGAAUAUCUGAAGAAAGAGAAUUCAAAGAAGAGGCAGGCACUUUAUGUGAUGAACCCUAAUAAGUUUAGGGCUUGCGAGUUUCUUAUUCGGUUUCACGAACAACAGCGUGGUGAUAAGAUAAUUGUUUUUGCGGACAAUCUUUUUGCACUGGUAGAGUAUGCAACAAAGCUUCGGAAACCUAUGAUAUAUGGUGCUACAAGCCAUGUUGAGAGGACAAAGAUUCUUGAGACUUUCAAACAUAGUCGGAAUGUAAACACUAUUUUCCUUUCGAAGGUUGGUGAUAAUUCCAUUGAUAUUCCUGAGGCCAAUGUGAUAAUUCAAAUUUCCUCGCAUGCGGGGUCAAGGCGUCAAGAAGCCCAACGACUUGGUCGUAUUCUUAGGGCAAAGGGUCGAAUUCAAGAUAGGGUGGCAGGAGGUAAAGAGGAGUAUAAUGCAUUUUUCUAUUCCCUUGUAUCCACAGAUACGCAGGAGAUGUACUACUCAACAAAAAGGCAACAGUUCUUAAUUGAUCAAGGUUAUAGCUUUAAGGUAAUCACAAGCUUGCCACCACCUGAUACGGGAGCUGAUUUGAGUUAUCAUCGCCUUGAUGAACAAAUUGCCCUGCUAGGAAAGGUAUUGAGUGUAGGUGAUGAUGCAGUUGGAUUAGAGCUAUUAGAAGAAGACCCAGAUGACAUAGCACUUCACAAAACAACUCGCAGAGCGGGAUCUAUGAGUGCCAUGUCGGGAGCAAAAGGGAUGGUUUACAUGGAAUACAAGUAUGGUUACCUUGGUUUCUUUUUGGCUUCUCUGUUUCUAGAUUUAUUACUUGUUCCCUGGUUCAUGGCAUUUUCCGUUUGUUAUUCAUUCCAAUUCCUUUUGUCUUGUUUAUAGUAGCGGAAGAAACAAGCAACAUGGUCAGAAAAAAGCCAAACCUAAGGAUCCAACCAAGAGACACGAUUUAUUUAGGAAACGCUUCGUCUAAUUAUAUUACUGAACCACAUUGAGUGAUGGUUUCUUCGAAACGUCAUCUGAUGUCUCUUCUUGAUCGGCGUCAAAGAAUAAGCCCGAGGGUCCAUCCCGAAGAUAUCCUUGAGAUUACAGCAAUGCUUCGGCUCAGCAGACUGUUUACCGCAUUUUUUGUUGGUUUCAUGUUGUCUAAUACCUUGUAAAAUUAUCCGCAAAAUCGACAGAUGUGCUGACAUGGAACAUGAAUAUGUAACAGAAAAUCGAUAGAUGUGCUGACAUGGAACAUCUAUAUGUAACAGAACGGGAUGUAUUUCUCUUGUUAUCUGAGAACGUACAAUAAUGGUGUAAACCUUAAAUUUUGUAAGAUGAGGCGGCACGAGAUUAUUGUGCAGUUAAUCGCAUGUAGCUCGGGAGUUUUGAACU